CUGGUUGUGUCGCACGAACUCCUGCGAAUGACGCGCACGUUUCCCGCGUCUUUUAAAAUGUAUAAAAUUUUAAAAUUUAAAUAAUGUAGCGUAAACGUAUGGAAUAUGAUUUGAAUUUUUUUGUCGUGUGUGUGUAUGUGUUUGUGUUGUAAAAAGUAUAUACUAUUCGAGUAAAAUGAGCGUAGGAAAGUGUGGGAUUUUGUUAACCUUUUUAAUCGUAUUCGAAGUUGCUUCUCAAGCCGAUGGCGAUCUCAUGUCUAUGAUGGAUUUUCGAUAUUGGCGAUGCGUCAUGAAAAGAGAAUGGAAAUGUCCUGAUAGCGAAAUUAACUUUUUUUUAUAUACACCAGAGCAUCCAUUCAAGCAGUGGGUCGACGUUCGACAUGGCGUAGAUCACCUGUAUGCGUACGGCUGGAAGCCUGACCGAAAAAAUGUAAUGAUCAUUCACGGAUUCAACGGAACGUACUCGAAGAGUCCAAUGACAGUUAUACGUGACGUUUACCCUAGUUCUUUGAAUAUUUAUUCCCUUACCUAUUUGCAUAAGGGGCUAUUAUUGGCUGCUCAAUGUACUGCUCAGCUUUACUCGUACUUGACGCAAGGGGGCGCUUUGGCAAAGAUGAUAACUUGCGUGGGGCAUUCGUUGGGGGCUCACGUCUGCGGGAUGAUGUCUAACCACCUAACCGAGAAGCAGUACAAAAUUGUAGGUUUAGAUCCAGCCCGUCCAUUGGUGUCUGCGUAUGGCUCCCGGCAGUUCCGUCUUAGCAGAGAUGACGCUUAUGUCGUUCAAGUCUUGCAUACCAACGCUGGUUUCCUAGGAGAAUCCGGUUUGGUGGGGCACGUGGACUUCUGCAUCAACGGUGGACGACUACAGCCGGGCUGCAAAGGACAUUUCAUGCGUAUCGCUCGAUGUAGUCAUUUCAAGAGUUCGUGCUACUUCGCCGCGAGUGUCCGCAAAAGUCUUCGCCUUGUAGGCGUUCCUUGCGACACCUCGUGUCCUAAAGAGCGAGGUCCUUGGGGAAUACGGUACGACAGGAAGGCUAUCCGGCUUGGGGAUGAUGUUCCUGAUUCGUAA